AUGACAUCCCGUGUCGCCCGAGCCCCAGUCGCCCACACCCCUUCUCGCGCUCGCGUCCGCACAUACCACCCUCCAUCCUCCACGCUCGCCGCUCUGCUCGCGCGCUACGACUUGUUGAACCACCUCGGCGCCGGCUGCGCGGGCACAGUCGUCCGCGCAGUCGACAAGGCCAGCCGCUCCAAUGUCGCUGUCAAGAUCGUUCCCAAGCACUUGCUCGUGGACCGCGGCGCGAAAAUGGCCCUGGCCAGAGAAGUCUCCGUCUUGUCCAAGCUCGCGCACCCCCACGUUGUCCGCUUCAGCAACGCCUUCGAGGACGACCACCACGUCUACAUUGCCACCGAAUUCUGUCCGCGGGGCGACCUCUAUCAGUAUUUGAAGAGGCAGCCCAGAGGCCUGCCGGAAAGAGAGGCGCUCAAGUACCUCAGGCAGAUUUUGCAGGGUUUGGAUUACCUCCACGAGAGGGGCAUUAGCCAUCGUGAUCUCAAACCGGAGAACGUCCUCAUGACGGCCAAUGGUCGAGUCAAGCUCGCAGACUUUGGUAUGUGCUAUUGGCGCAGACCAGGAGGCGACAUGAGCACUCGCCAGCACUGUGGCACCCCACAGUAUGCCGCCCCAGAAAUUAUGAGGAAAGUGGCCUACGUGCCAGAGCAAGCCGACAUGUGGGCUUGCGGAGUAGUUCUAUACGCUAUGCUAACGCGCAGUCUGCCAUUUGUCGGCGCCGACUGGGCAAGGCUGAAAUAUCAAGUGACUCAUGCAGACGCAGAGCAGCUAAUUCGAAGCAGCGCUCUCGCGCCUGUCUCGGAGCAGACUUUGCAUCUGCUAAAGCGCCUGCUCGCCACGAGACCGGGGUCCAGACCGGGGCCGAAGGAGGCUGGCGAGCUUGUGGAUGACGCGCUGCUGGGUGUCAGGAGGAGUAGGGGUCGGCGUGAGCGGAUGGGGUGAACAUUUUUUCGGGAGGUGACACGCAGCGUGUUUGACGCGCCAGCGUGAACCGGGGUGGGGUGGUACUUUUCUUAACUGUGAAUAACUGGCUUUUCUUCAUCUCGACGGAGAUGCGCGUAGACGGCGCGUUUUUCCCCUGGCCCGCGCGUCCUGGAGACGCGUUUUUCUCCGUCGCCUUGUGUACAUAUCGUAGCGUACCCUUGGUACAGUGCAGUAGAUUGGAGUGCGUGAUGGGCAUUGGUGUUUCGGCGAUAACCGGCAAGAACCGGCAAAAACGGCCAGUUGUAGAUAAUUUUAGAACAUUGACAGCUGCGUCUAUUACUGUUCUGCACAGCAAAUUACAGACACCCUCUUUUAUAAAGAGUGUUUAUACAACACACGACACUUGUUGCGUAG